ACUGUUGAUCUCUUCUUCUUCUGCAAUUCGUUUCUUCUUCCUUCUCCCCUUCCUCUGCUUCGUGACGUAGUGGGGGAGGAGGAGAGGUUUCCUAUGGCUAUGAAGCUCUCUGUCCUCAAUCUCUUCGCGUUCAUUCUUCUUCGCAAUAUAAUAGUUUCCCGUGGGGCGCUGCUCUUCUCACCGUGUUCUUCUAUUUCUUGGAACGACUUGACGGCCAGCGAUUCCGCCUGGGUUUUGGAUUCCACCAGAAGGGCAGCCGCCGGAAUCAUCUUGGUUUCCCAGGACGGCGUCGGCGACACCACGACGGUGCAGGCGGCUGUUGACCAGGUCCCCAAGGGCAAUAGCAACAGGGUCAAGAUUCUGAUAAGUCCCGGCUUUUACAGGGAGAAGGUUCUUGUUCCAUUCGCAAAGCCUUGCAUUUCAUUCAUCGGCAAAGAUAACGCGAAGACCGUCAUCUGGUACAAUUUGCAAGCAGAUGAUGAGGAUCUCGAUGGGCAACCAGUCGGAACAUACAACUCCGCCACAGUCGCUGUAGAAUCCGACUAUUUCUGUGCCAAUGCAAUCACUUUUCAGAACACAGCUCCGGCGGCGAAACCCGGCGAGGAAGGCAAGCAAGCAGUGGCUCUGCGGCUGACCGGAGAACGAUCCCUGAUCUAUCGGUGCCGAAUAUUGGCGGCGCAAGACACUCUUUUUGAUCACUGGGGCACACAUUACAUCCUCGAGAGCUUCGUCCAAGGUUCCAUCGACUUCAUCUUCGGCAGUGGCAGGUCGUUGUACGAGAAAUGCCACCUGAACUCGAUUGCAGAAUCCUACGGAGCCGUCGCUGCAUCGCAGAGGAACAACAUCACCGAUAAUUUUGGCUUCUCUUUCGUCAAAUCGAAGCUGACCGGCACCGGCAGCGUCUACCUGGGGAGAGCCUGGGGGAAGUACGCGACGGUGGUGUAUUCCUACUGCCAACUGGAGAACAUCAUCAUUCCCGGAGGGUGGAGCGACUUGAAUGACGAGAACAGACGAAGCACUGCUUUCUUUGGGGAAUACAAUUGCAAUGGAGACGGCGCCAACUUGAAAGGGAGGGUGCCAUGGGCGAAAUCGCUCACCUACAAGCAAGCAAAGCCGUACCUUGGAAAGGUCUUCAUCGAUGGUGAUCAGUGGCUGAACUUGUAGAUAGUUUUGCAGUUCUGCUGCCAAAAUUUUCCUUUGUUUUUACACAUAAUUAGCUAGGAAAAAAAUGCUAGUUCUACCGGCAAUUUUCUUGUGAAGGAAGAGAGGUUCUGGGCAAGGAAUAUGAUGCAACUUUUGCGUCAGAUGUUUGCAAAGCAAGCGUGCCUUUCUGGGGCAUGGAAGAUGUGUGAGUUUGGAGAAGUGGAUUUGUGAUGAUUGAUGAUGCAUGGUCUGAGGAGAAAAUGGAGAAGCUACAGCAAGAACAGAGUUUGCGAGUUUUUGUUAACAACGUUAAAGAAAGCUAAAGAUUCCGUUCGAUUAUUCUAUAUCAUGGAUUUUAUAAUCCACUUUAGAUGUUUUUUGGUCGGAUAUGAUAUAAUAUUACGGUGAAUAUUUUAAGAAUCUAUCUAUGAUU